AUGUCGCACGCUCUACUACUUCGUCUCUUCCUCUCCCCCUACUUCUCCAUUUCAGUCGCGAUGCACUACCUCAAGACCUACUCUGAUAGCAUCGGAAUAUCACAUUACCUCUGCUGGCGGAUGAAGGGGAUGCGAGCGGAGGAGGUCGAGAGUUACUGGCCGCAGCUAUGCCACCUACUCAUCACAUAUCCGACGCAAUCUAAUGCGCUCGAGUCGUUCAUCCUCGAGCGGUCCGAGGAGAGUACGCACUCGGCAAUGCUGACCUUCUGGUUCAUGCAAGCUGCUCUGCAUGACCUUACACCUACCCGCCAGACCAAUCCCCGCCCUUUCCUCAUCUGCCAGCGCGUCCUUCAUCGGUGCCACGAAAUCCUCUUUGGCGACCCGCCAGAAACGACCCGGUCGCCUUAUCGCUCCCUCCCCCAAUCUCCCUCCAUGUCGACCAUGGCACUUCAUUCAGCGACUGCACUGGCGAACGUCCUCCGACCAGAUCCUACCAAGCGGGUCAAGAUCAGGGUCAACCAGCACGCUCUUGCUGCUUUCGUGGGGAUGGGCGUGGCCAUUGGCGCACAGGGCAUGCCGGCGCUCGGGGAUACUGUCGGUGCAUGGGCGAUCAUGCAGGGUCGGAAACCUCGAGAUGAGGAUGCAGAGGGACGGGAGAGGGUCGAGAAUGCGGCGGAGGAGGGUGCAGAUGCACCAAAGGGAGGAGCGCUGGAUCUGGGCCGAAAAUCGGCGGAUGGCCCAGAUUCAGAGGAAGAGGGGGAAGCAGCUGUUGCUCCGCCUACUCCCGGGGCGAUCACCCCAUCAACAAAGUCACCACGGCUUGACCGGCUCACACCGAAUCACCACACCCCACACCCCGCGCAGACAACGCCCAACCUCAGCUCGCCGACGCGGCUGUCGGCCGAUCACUCCCCAUUCUCCACUCGGACACCCAAGUCGGAGGCGGUAGAUCCAUUCUCGCAGGAGCUGGAUGAGCCCUCCGGCCCGUCAAGAUCCUCAAUCUCCUCUCCUCGACUUCCUCAUCAGCCGUAUCACUCCGUACCCGACCUGUCUCGCAACAAGUCUCGGGCGCUGCGUCCAAAUGGUCAACCCGUGUCUGCCGAAGAGCUCCUAGUCGGUCUCAAUGUCGAUACUCAGCGGCAGAUGCUCAGAUCACAUUACUGCCGGUCGCAGAUCCGGUUCUUGCUCUUGCUGGAGGAUAUCAGUAAUCGGCUAUUGGUCGUCCCAAAGCCAGCUCGUGUACCAGCUUUGCGAGCGGAGUUGACCAGUCUAAACCAUAAUCUUCCAGCUGAGAUCUGCAUGCCGCUCUGGUGUGCCGCGGACCACUCGCACGAAGACGGCGGGGAGACCGCAUCCUCUACCCCCCUCAAAGCUCGUCCAGAUCGCCGGCAUGCCUCUCGCAUAAAAAGCCAUUGUCGAGUCGUCCGGAUCUCGCCAGGCGACUCAGUCGUGCUCAACUCGGCUGAACGGGCGCCCUUCCUCCUUCACGUCGAGAUCUUGGAAGGCGACCUCGACUUUGAUCCUAUGCGUCGCGAGAACCGGGAGCUCCUCAAGCGGAUCGUGGUGCAGAACGAUCUGAAGAGGCGGAAAAAGGAAAUGAAGGGGUUGGGAAUCAAUGAACCUCUCAUCGGACUGGGGAGACGGCCUAGUGCGGGACUCGAAUUCGAGGAUUUCGGCAAUUCGCAACCUCUUCCGCAAUCCGCUCCGAUCGACGACUGGACGUCUCGCCGAGUCUCGGACGGACAAACGGGAGACAAAUGGAGGAGAACGGAAAUCGUCCCUGACGACGGGGACGAAAUGGACCUAGUGGAACAGCUCUACGGGGCCAAGAUCUCCGUCAAGGAUACUCUGCCAGAGUUGACGGAUGCGCUCCCGCUUCCUACCGCGCCGAAAAACAAGGCGCUGGAUGUCGCAGCCUGGGAUAGGGGAUCAGACCUCUCCAGUCGGCGCACGAGCUAUACCUCCCAACCAAUUUCAUCCUUGACCUCACCAGGAACCCCACUCGCGGAUAUCACACUAUCCUCCGACCUUGCCACGACAGACUUCACGCCCAACCCCUCUGCUCCAUCCACACCUGCCCACCCCUCGUUCCCAAACAUACCUAGCCCAGGCACCAACCGUAUCAUGUCCCUCGAAGACUAUUCGGAACGCAUGAGGACCGCUGCUGUCAUGCUGGCGCAACUAAGCGCAUCGCUCGUGCCCGCUACGCCGGAGCAGACGGGCGGAUCUACUGGCGGGCGUUUGUCAUGGAUUCCAGGGACGGGCUGGAUACUCGGAUCGUCUGCCCCGCAAGCAGCUAGCGCGCACUCGAGCCCCAGCGUGCUGGAGCCGGCGGCGUCUCAGGGUGCCGGCGGCAAAUUGAAGCUGGCGGCGGUGCAGGCUGAGGCUAUACGGAGUCGGAUCAUGGAGGAGAUGAUGGCUUUGGAGGAGGAGCGUGUAGCGAGGAUGACGGAGCGGCCAGAAGGGAGUGAGCUGCGGGUGCCGGAAGCUGCAGAUGGGGCGGGUACAGCCGAGGACGAGGGUAUCGUCAGACGCGAGCUGAAUAAGGCGGAUCCAUCAGCUGCGGUGUUCAAGGAGUCUUGGACGGCCAAAAAGAGCAGAAUCCGCGCUAGCUCGCCUUGGGGUCAUCUGGCCAACUGGGACGUCAUCUCCGUCAUUGUCAAGACCGGGACGGACCUGCGGCAGGAGCAAUUGGCGACUCAGUUGAUUGAUCGGUUUGGGAAGAUCUUCAAGGAGGAGAAAUGUGAUUGCUGGGUCAGAUCGUUCCGCAUCCUAAUCACAGGCGAGCAGUCCGGUCUGGUUGAGACUAUCACCGACGCUGUAUCCGUCCACUCCAUCAAGAAGGGCGAGUACGCGCGGCGCAUAUCGGAGGGUGGCCCCAUUGGCCAGGUCUCGCUGAUGGACCAUUUCGUUAGCACAUAUGGCAAACCCGACUCAGGCCGCUUCGCUCGCGCCCAAAGAGCCUUCAUCCGCUCCCUCGCCGCGUACUCUGUCGUCACGUACCUCCUGCAAAUCAAGGACCGGCAUAACGGCAAUAUCCUUGUCGAUCGGGAAGGCCACCUUAUCCACAUUGACUUUGGCUUUAUGCUCUCCAACUCGCCAGGCGGAAACAUGGGGUUCGAGGCUGCUCCAUUCAAGAUGCCCCUCGAGUACGUGGACAUCAUGGGCGGGCUGGACUCAGCGGGAUGGGUGUACUUUAAGCGAUUGUUCAAGGAAGGAUUCGAAGCUGCCCGGAAGCAUUCCGACAGCUUGAUCACUAUGGUCGAGUUGAUGCAGAAAAACUCAAAACUCGACUGCUUUAUCCUCUUCGGCGAUCAGACCGCCCACCACCUGCGCGAGCGCUUUGCCCUCAACCUCACUACAGCCGCUGUUGACAACCAUCUUGAACGCCUCAUCUUGAGCUCAACGGGGAGCAAUUACACCCGAUUAUACGACACAUUUCAGUACUAUAGUCAAGGCGUAUUGUAG